CCUAUCGAAUCCGGAAGCCCAGAGGAGGGUGGAGUAGCAGACGUUAGCUUGAUAGUUGCAUUGUAAUAGUUCAAGAGUUGAUCUAAUACAACUUUAUAUUAAUAUCAUAUACAUAUAUAUAUAUAUCGACUACUUGACAAGAUGCUGUCUUACAUCAUUGGUCUCAUUCGCGGUGGCUUUGACAACAUACUUGCCUUACUUAUGAGGCUUCUGGGUUUCAAAAGAAGACCUGCCAUAACCCUGGAGGAUCCUAAUGAGAAAUAUCCCUUACGCCUUAUAGAUAAAGAGAUUAUUAGUCAUGACACCAGAAAGUUUCGCUUUGCCCUGAGGUCUCCAGACCAUGUUUUGGGACUUCCUAUCGGUCAACACAUAUACCUGUCUGCUAGAAUAGACGGUGCCCUGGUGGUGAGGCCCUACACUCCAGUGUCUAGUGAUGAUGAUAAAGGAUUUGUGGACCUGGUGGUCAAGAUAUACUACAAAAAUACUCAUCCAAAGUUUCCUGAAGGUGGAAAGAUGUCUCAGUACCUGGACAGCCUUCGCAUUGGUGACAUGAUUGACUUCCGAGGGCCGAGUGGACUGCUGGUUUACAAAGGACAAGGAGUAUUUGAAAUCAAACCUGAGAAGAAGUCACCUCCUGAGGUAAAGACUGCGAAAAAUUUGGGAAUGAUCGCUGGAGGGACAGGCAUCACUCCCAUGCUGCAGAUCAUCCGGGCAAUAAUGAAGGAUCCCAAAGACAAGACCGUUUGUUACUUGCUGUUUGCUAAUCAAACAGAAAAAGACAUCCUGCUACGUACAGAGCUGGAGGAAAUCCAGGCUACUAACCCAGACCGAUUCAACCUAUGGUACACACUUGACAAGGUUCCUGAUGACUGGGAGUACAGCCAGGGGUUCAUCAGUGAGCAGAUGGUGCGGAACCGCCUUCCUCCCCCCGGCGACGACACACUCAUCCUCAUGUGUGGUCCUCCACCCAUGAUCCAGUUUGCCUGCAACCCCAACCUGGACAAAGUGGGCCAUUCCCCCAGCAGACGCUUCGUCUUCUAAAGGGGAAAAAACAAAACAAAACCCCACUGCACUAAUUAUUGGACACCUGGUCAAGCGGCUCUGGUGCUGAAAAGGCUCAGCUUACAGCGUUAUCACAGUAGUGUCUCCGAGUACACGUUUAUUUUGAUAUGCAACUAUUAGCACUUGUAAUUGUGCCCAUUUUGGAAUUGGCACUCAUGUGGACUUUGUCAUACCAGUCUGUGUGUGCUGUUUUGUCAUGACUAAUAUAUUCUCAAGUACAAGAUUUAUUUAGGAAAAAAAUCACAAGCAGAACAAUUGAUGGAUUAUUUUACUUGUUCUGAAACCUAUUUUUUUUGAUAUUUGUUAAAUAUGCCAAUAAUUGAAAUGCAUCAAAGUUUUUUACUUUGUCAUUUAGUGCGUUAUAUAUUUUGGAAUUUUUUUUUUUUUUUUUGGAAAGUGCCUUAGUACCAAGCACCUUACUGUAGAAGACAAUACAGUUUAUUGGCUUUAAUGUUUUCAGAUUAAGAUAAAAAAUAAAAAUGUCAAAGUGCAUUACAGUGCAAUAGCGAAAGACCGGUUAUUUAAUCUAUUCAAUCUAGUAGCAUGCUUUCAUUUAAAAGCUGCUUCUUUGCAUCAUUUAAACUGCCAAAAUGCAGUCACCGGAGAUCGACGUAGUAAUCCAGCUUUGUGCAAAGAUGUCACCUGCCACAUAGAUGUCACAUAACCAAGCACGUAUUCUAUAUAGUAUUGUAUUGUAUUGCUUUGACUUUGAUGAAUAAAGGAUUGCAUCCAUUAAUGAACAGA